AUGAGUGUUCUGAUACAUUGUAUUGAGGUUCAAGGCUCAAGUGAGCUCCCUCAUACCGAGCGCGCGGGAAGUUCACACGACGAGAGCUCGGCGGCAACUGAGGGCCGGCACGUGGCAGCAGUGACUUUAAUCGGUGCUAACGCAAUCCCCGUUUUUGGAAGAUUCGAAAUAGUGUCGGGUUCGUGGUUCGUCCGCCUCCCGCUGUUCCAGGACUGCUCGCCUCGACUCUGCCCUUCGUGCGACGACCAUGGUGGUGCUUCGCUGCGUGCUGUUGCAGCGGGUGUCGUAACCGAGAGGUCAAAGGGUGUAGGGUCCCGUGGCACUGGCACAGACAGGCACUACCGCCCUCGCUCUCGUCGACUCCCGUCACCUUCAGCCGAGUCGGGCGAAGGGGAAUCGGAAACCACAGAAGUUCCCGUCGCCGCCGUCGCUUCCGCUGAAACACCACCACCACAGGAGCCGAACGACCCUCGCCACCACCAGGACGACGACCAGCGAUUAGUGCGGGGGAGGACCGUCGUGCCCCCUCCCCCCCGCCCGCGACCUCACGUUGACCUGGCUUCAGCGAUGGACUUUCAGAGCGCCAUGGAGACGUUUGCAGAAGCGUGGAUGGCGGCCAACACGAAGUCCCGAGCCGACUCCUCAGACCCCCAGCGGGAAGGCAGUGCCGAGCGGUCCAAUGGGCGGUCAGAGGAGGAGGUCACUUCGCGGGAACCCAACGCACAUCUGACCAAUGGGAACUCGCCAAACAGACAAUCGCCCGUCCUAUUGGCUAGAGACCCCGAAAGCAGCCCGAAGCCCCUGUCAGUCGGAGGUAAAUGAAGAGGUCAUUAAUAAUAAAGACGAAGAAGAAGUAUAAGACAAAAGGCAAAUGAAUUAUGUAAAAAAAGAAAAACAAGAAAAGCAGGUGCAAUGGAGAGAGAGAGAGAGAGAGAGAGAGAGAGAGAGAGAGAGAGAGAGAGAGAGAGAGAGAGAGAGAGAGAGAGAGAGAGAGAAAGAGGGACAGACAGACAGAGACAGAGACAGAGACAAGACAACAUACACACACCCAUACAGAGAAAGAGAGAGAAAGAGAGAGAGGCAGACAGACAGGCAGGCAGACAGAAUCAGAGCGAGAGAUGAACAGAGCACGGAGAUGACCGGCCAGAUGCAAUUGGAUCAUGCCGCCGCCGCUACUACCGCGUCCGCCCUUGCAAGCAGGCACACUGGAGGCGAACGCAGCGACGUGGAAUUCACUAGAAAGAGGAAUUGGGAGAUAAACAUGAAUAUUAGGGAUUCGGUAGAUAGAAGAAUUAGGAGAUAGGAGGAAUAUAAGGAAUUCAUUAGAGAGAGGAAUUGGGAGAGACUUGAAUAUUACGGAUACAGUAGAUAGAAGAAGUAGAUAGACAGGUAUAUUAGAAAUUUAGUAGAUUAAAGAAUAGGGAGAGAGACAGGAAGAUGGAUGAAUAGAUAUAUUAAUAGUUGGCAUGGAAGGUGAAUGAGUAGAUUAGACGAUAAGAAGGUGGAAGAUAUAUAAUAGAGAUAAAAGAGAUAGAUAAAUAGAUAGAUAGAUAAAAAAUAGAUUGAUAUAUAUAAUGAGAUAGUUAUAUAUACAGACUGAGAGAUAGACAGACAGACAGAUAGAUAUGUAUGGAUAUUGUAGAAAUAGAAAUAUAUUGACAGAGCGAAUCGUAAGAUGUGAAAUAUGGACAUAAUAUGGACGGAAUAAAGCAAGAAAUAGCGAGACAGCGAAGGAGAAGGAAAACAAGAAAAUGAAAAGGAUGGAGAGGAACGAAGGAUGCUAAAACAAAAA